AUGGCACCGGUGACCAGCACAGCCCCUAAAACUACCUCUGAUAUUGGCCUGCCACCCUCCUCGCACCCACCCCUUCUCGGCACCCACCCCCUUCGGGGUCAGCCACCCCUCUGCCCCACACAGGGGCUGCAGCCCACCUCUUCUUAACCCCCUCGAUUCACUAGCCAGCCUGUAACUAAGCAGAACUCCCUGUCGGUCAGUUUCUGACAGGCCCAUUUGAAAAAAGGUUCCGGUUCCAGAAUGUGCCAGCUUUGCCUGGCAUCUGUCAGGGCAGAGCAGCUGUUUCUCCACACAGACCCAUACAGUGUAUGUGUGGGGUAUCUUUUUACAGCCUUCCCAUAAGCUGCCAGAGGUCCCUUGAAUGAUUUAGAGGGCCUCACAUCCAUCGCCCUAUUUGCAAUGUUUAGUUUGAGCUAGGGUUGACUCCAGAACAUAAUGUGAAUCCCGGAGAGUUCAGCACUAGACGGAACAUAUGAAGUAACAAUGAAGAACACUUCUGAGCAUGUCAAGAGCGCUCUCCCCUCACCGUUCAGGAAACAGUCAGCCCCUACUGCAGAAUAUUAAGAAGCAAGGCUUUUAGGUCAGAGGGGCUGGCUUUCAAAGCCCGGGAAGGCAGGUGAAGGCUGCAAUCCUAACUCCACUUACCUGGAAGUAAGCACCUCUGAAUUCAAUAGGUCUUACUUCUGAGUAGAUAUGGUUAGGAUUGCACAAACGUCCACCUCAGUGUCUUCUCCCUCUGCCUCCAGUAAUCCAAAGGACCAGAUCCCCACAUCUCUUUAUCAUCCACAUAUUUAAACCCAGCUGCUAAACCCAGCACAACUUACAAAAAAGGAAAAGCAGCACACAAUAAAGGCCAAGAUAUUCAACAUUAAAAGCACAGGACUGAAAGAAAACAUCUUCGAAGGAGGACUUAUGGAGAUCCCUGCUGGAUCAGCCCUAGGUCCAUCUAGGCCACACACAGGGCCUGAAGGGCAUAUUGCUUGUAGACAUAGAAUUUCUAUUAAGUCAUAGUGGCCAAUGGUGGUCAUAGUGUGGUGGUGUGGUGGUUAAAGUGUUGGAUUAGGACCUGGGAGGUGAGAGUUCAAAACACCCUCCCAGCCCUGCACCUCACUGGGUGAUCUUGGGACAGCCUCUCGGCCAAAUUUACCUCACAGAUUUCCAGUGGGCAUCAAAUAGAGCAGGAAGAACUCUAUGGCUGACUACACGCCAUACAUGUAAAGCAUAUGCCGCCCCCUCAAUAUCUUGGGAACUGUAGUUUCUCCCUCAGAACUACAAGUCCCAGCACCUUUAAAUUACAAUUCCCAGGGUUCUUUGGGCGAAGUCAUGUUUAGAGUCAAUCCUGACAUACCCACACCGGCUUGUCCCAUUACUUUUCCCCGGGAGAACAGUGGCAAUUUGUGUUUUAUUUUGCUCCAAUUUAGCACUGAAGUGCAUGUUUUCCCUGGGAAAAGAGCAGGGCAAGGGGGAAAUUGCUCGGAUUCAUGCCUAGAAAGUGUGGGUCAAGCAGAAAACUGUUCAAGCCCCUGCUUUCUAGGUAACACGACAAACGGAAAUGUGGAUGAGCCCAAGUAGUGCUAUUAAAAACUCAGAUAGCAACAGAUCUUUGAAGAGCAGAAUGCUGUUUAUGGAGCUGGUGGAAGUUGUGGUCCAAAAAACAUCUGGAGGGCCCCAGACUGGGGAAGGUUGCUUUUAAUUACUGUACCACGGUCAUUUUCAAUCUGUGUUCCUCUGAGACUUGAACUGGGUUGCUAACUAACCAGACAGAACCACUUUUCACAGCAGUGUGGUUUGCAGGUAUUAUUAGCUGGUGACAGUGUCUACUAAGCAAUCCCUUACUUAGCAAGUUAAGUACAGUGGUACCUCGGGUUACAUACACUUCAGGUUACAGACGCUUCAGGUUACAGACUCCGCUAACCCAGAAAUAGUGCUUCAGGUUAAGAACUUUGCUUUAGGAUGAGAACAGAAAUUGUGCUCCAGUGGUGCAGCGGCAGUGGGAGACCCCGUUAUCUAAAGUGGUGCUUCAGGUUAAGAACAAUUUCAGGUUAAGAACGGACCUCCAGAAUGAAUUAAGUACUUAACCCGAGGUACCACUGUAUUAUCACUUGCUAAUAGCUGCAGAACAAGCUGCCAUUAAGAGCACAGGAGCAGGGUACAGUAACAAAGUUGGCAACUGUAACCCUAAAGUCUUCUCCUGCAGGACACAGCCACAGCAGAGAGUUGAAUGAAUUGUGUAGAAGCACUCUCUUAAUAUUUUGCACAGGGUGACAGCUAGACAUCAGAAGAGCGGACCACACCCUGCACAAUUGCAUGCUAGCAUGCAUCCCAGAAUACUCCGCAGUGUGGAGGUACUGUAGCAGAUACGCAGAGGUCCCUCCGCAAAAACAAAACAACAAAGAAAAUAAAUCACAGAUUAAAGUGUUUUCUGGGGGCAGAAGGUUUGGAACCCACUGUAUAGCAGCCCUGUAAUAUAAACACUGGAUUCCUGUGACUGGUUCUCAUGGCCAGGAAGCUACAGUACUUGCUUCCAUAAGAACAAUGGGUGCAUUUCUGCCGUGUCACCAUUAGGUGGUGACUUAUGAUUCCAGUGAAACUGACAUGUACCAUAUUGUCAAAAGUCCACCAUGAUUAAAAAUCCAGGAAAUGACUCUCCCUGCCUGGGAAGUGUGUGCAUGUGUGUGAACUGGAGGGGGGGCGGGGGAGAGAUUUUGUCAUUCCGAACCCUCUCGCUAAAUUCAUAUGGGAAAUCAGAAGCCUAGGAGUAGAGCACAACCUUCUCUCCUCUGAAAUAAAAAAAAUUAAGGUCUUAUAUAUAUAAUAAAUGUUCAUGAAUGUACCAACCAAGCACAUACAUAGAUAUGUGGACCACAUGUCUGGAGCAGCACAGAAAGACCACCCUGAAACCAUUUUGACUCUCAAACUGACCAAAUGUUUUCUCUGCAAGGAGGGAGGGGGUGAGGGAACCUUCCCAUUGUCUCAGGAAUUGGGAAAUCACCAUCUCAAAGGGAGACAAACUACCAGGAAAGGCAAUCAGAUAAGGCAUUAUCAGAUAACCUGGCAGACAGGAAAAACAACAACAUUCAAAUUUCUGUUGUAGACCACCUUUUCUGUGAUGUACCAUAGGUAUGAUGUUUGUGGGGGGUGGUCUUGGGUUACACCCCUUCUGUGAUGUAUGCAUGAUGUAUGGAGGAGUGCUCUUGAGCUCCAGGGCAGGGAAUUUAAAAUGUCUAUAUAAGGGCAGCACACCUUUGUUCUGGGUCCUCCUCGUCCUCCUGCGUGUGAGGGGAGCACCCUGUUGCAACAGCUUUAAUAAAGAUCAGGCUUAUUAGCUGCUUUGCUUCUCAAUAUUCUUUGGUUGGCCUCUGUUAUUUUCUCCUACCAAUAGGGAACCCACGUAAGGACUCUAUACAGGCUCUUGGAUACCCCAUAAGGGGAAAAGGUCAGAUUUUGUUUACAACAUGGUCUAUGUCAGAUUCUAGAUGGAAUCGGGGCUGCUCAUGCAUGCAAGUUCUUUGUUCCACAUGACAUCAAAAAUCACAAAUCUACCCACUCACCAUUUAACCCAAAUUUCUGCUUACCACAUAAAAUAUGGUAAGUAAAAAAUUACUGUGUCUAUUUUACCUCUGUAAAAACUGCUGGUCAGUCAUGUGUGUGGUGACUGGAGAGAUUGCAUAUUUCACUGCCACGCUCCUUAAUUCUGCUUGUUCCUCACUUGAGCACAACCUAGCCAUUUUGUUUUAGGUGGCCUUGGGGUGAAUUUGCUGGGACGUCCAACCCUGGGAACAUUGGCAACUGUCUUCAAUGUUUUCCACUUUCGAAUAAUCUUUCUCACUGUAGAAUGAUGGACUUAAAAUUGGUUGGAGGUGGCCUUAUAACCCAUCCCAGUUUCACGAGCAACAACAAUUGCUUCUCGAAGAGCAUUGCUGAUGUGUUUCCUCCUUGGCAUUGCGCUACAACACACCCGAAUGCCCCAGGCCAGCAAAUUGAAACUUCAGCUUUUAUAGAGAUGGGCACAUUUGCUCAUGAUCAAUUAAGCAAAGGCAUUUGAUUAGCUUCUACUUAGCUUCUUAAUUCCUAUGGAAGCAGUAAGGGUGUAUUUAGUUUUUCUCCAUUUUGGCUUUAUUUCUGUUAAAUAAAUCAUGGCACAGUGUGAUACGUCAUGUGCUGUUGUCCAUCCGAGUUUGUAUUUACCUAAUUUUCAGACCUGCUAAGGAAAGAUGAUUUCCUCAUAGCCAGCUGCCUCUGUCUGGCUUCUGGUACCUUGCUGGUCAGAUACCUCUGGGAAGCCUACAAGGAGGCCUUGGAAACAAACAAACGCAAGCCCUUUGCUGUGGCUUCCUUCGCUCUGGUCUUCCCACGACUUGCUGCCUCUGAAGCAAUUUAGGACUAAUUUAUCCUCCACGAAUUUGCUUUAGAAUGUAAACGAGUGGCGCUGCCCGCAUCUUGAGGAAGUUAACUUGUGCGUCGUUCCUUGUUUUGCAACAUUAUCACCCGGUCCCCUAAGAAAGGUAUCGCGCGCCCUUUCCUGGUCCCGUUUCCUGCUUGGCGGGGUGUGUGCGUGUGUUUUUGUGUGUGUGUGCGUGUCCUGUGUGAACACGAAACUCCGCCCCUUCCAGCCCUCGGCUCCUCCCCUCGUGGAACUGACUCACUGCUGCUAAUUCAAUUCCUCUGCUCAUUCCAAGGAUUCCAGAGGAAAACUGUCACCUUUCCAAAAUACCACGCAGGCCUGUUGCUCCUCUGCGCGCACCACCACGCUGCUCUUCUUCCCAUUUCCAAUCCCAAGAAGUGGGCAGGAACCUCCUGGAUGAGUCAAAAUUAACCCUAGUGGUGAAGAGCUUUUAUUCUCUUUUUUCACGCCCCCCCUUCCCUCCCCCUUAAAGCAAAGUUCAGGGAAAGUUUCUCCUUUACGUUCUCUCCCCCCCCCCCCCCGUCUUCACUAGCGCGCACAAAACCGGCCUCUUGGGUAUCUUCUGAAAGUAAGUAAUAUUUCCUCCCCUCCUCCCAAUCGUUCGUUCUGUUUAAUUUCCUACUUGGGAGCAAGCCCUGACAAGGAAGAUUUCGAUUUAAACGUGCAUCUGGUGGUGAGCUGUGAUUUAGCUUUUGAUUUUGGUUUGCAGGGAGGAUAAACGUUGCUUGCAACUUUUCUUCUUUUGUGGGAAAAGUCGACCACCGCUUUAAUUUUAAUUUAAAGAAGUGGAAGACUGGAAGCGUGAGGGUUUCUGUAUGCGUACAUAAAUAUAUUGUGGUUUUAAUUUAUUUUAUGUAUAGGUACUGAUAUAUAGGUACUGAAAUAUAUAUAUUUGUCACUGGAUUGCUUGGGACUAUGUUUUAAAAAGAUCUUCAUAAUAUCCAGUAAUUUGUGUGAAUUUCACGCUGUAUUCUUUAAUUUUGCACGUAAGUAGUAAGAGGUUGCCGCCGUUAACCCUCUUAAUAUACAUAAACGUUUUUGAAUGUGAAAUCUCGAAGCAGAGAGAUGGGAGGGAGUACCACACCUUUUUUAAUGGCUUGAUUGUGUGCCUGUGAGUUUCUCUUUGUCUGAGUAAAGGACAGGGGCUAUAACUUUUUGUCUGAAAGCCAAGAGUUCAUGAGGUUGCUUGCAGGGGGCAAUUGUGUGAUUCGGUGUCGUUUUGAUAGCGAGUUUCAAUGGAGGGCGGAGAUGGGUUUGUUCCAAAUUUUAUUUUGUUAAGCUUGAUUCUCCACUUGGAAGGGAUGUAGUGUGUGUUUGUGUUUUAACUUUCCCCAUCUCCUCUCUCCCUCACAAUGUCAGCCAUUAAGGGAGGGCAGUCUUUAUCUUACCUGAUCUAUACAUUCCCCACUGCCCCAAGGGGUCAACAAACACUUCCUGAAAUCCUCUGCCCAUUUACUUCUAAGCCCCACACAAUGGGAAUUACUUCUGAAUAAACAUGGGGGGGGGAAGUACCCUCCUUCAAAGAUAUCUGUGAGUGUGUGAGUGAUGAUUCAGAGACUUCUGAGCAAGGAGAACCCUCUUUUUAAAAAUCAAAAUGUAGAAAUUCUGAUUUGUGGGCUGCCUGAUUAGUGUUGUUAGGAAAUACCUGAGCCCACACAGGCCAAAACAAGGCUCAUUUUUGAAAUGUUCUGUGAAAGGGAAAAGUUCAAACAUAUGUCACGCCUACUGUGUUGUGGAUGGCCAAGAUCUGAAAUAUAGAAGUGUCAUCUGGCAAUCCUUGUUCUAAGGCAAUCAAUGGUGAUCCAACUUCAGGCUUGAAGGAUCUACUUCAUUUUUUACUGCAACCCUGAGAUCCCUCAACCAGAGCCAGAUGCAAAAUGGUGGUUCGGGAAUUGGAGCCAGUACUCUUCUGCUGCCUGUGAGUGGGAGAACCAGCUUACAAUAAGAUUCCCUUGUCCAAAACUCUGGAAAGCUGUUGCUGGUCAGUGUGAACAGUAUCGCACUAGAUGCACCAAUGGUCAAAGCUGCUAUAAGGCAGCUUCUGAAUAAGAGUCCUCAGUGGAUUGUAACAAUAAGCAUUCAAGCUAUCUAGCAAAACUAUACAGUACAAAGACUGGGGCAACCACAAUACACUCAGGUUAAUGUAUGAUCUACUGUCAAUUAUACAAAUAGCUAAUGGUAGUAGAGUUGCAGGGGGUAAUUUUAGAACUGGGACUUAUUAGUGCGCUACUUUUGUGAACGUGUCAGCAGCCCCUUUCACAUUUGGGGGUUCUCUGUUCAUUCAUCUGAGCAGGAAUCCUGGCCUUCUCCCCCCAAAGUCCUGCCCUGGUGGCAUUACUGAAAAGUAGAGCUGCCAUCUGCCUGCCCUUUAUUUUAGGUGCUUAAAUUCCCUCUCAGCUCCCACCCCACUUUGUCAAAGGCCCUUUGCUAGAGUCAGGAAAAAGUUUUUGGAUGGAUAGCCGUCAUCUCCCUGAGUUCCUCACAUUCAAGCCGAAAGCAUCUUUGAAUAUUUUUUAAAAACAGACUUUUCCAACGCUAGCCCUACGCAGUGUAGUAGUCCCAACCGAAACUAAUGGAAAUGAUUAACUUUGGGCUCAUUAUUUUCAGCUGGGUUGAUCCUGAGUAGAACUUGGUUAAAAUUACAACCCUGUGUCUCCAAAGGUUGUCUUAUUUCAGGCUGGUUUUCUCAGGAACAGGUAACACUGGGGGAGUUUUGUUAAGUCGUAAGGAAAAUUUCCAGUCUGCCUGUCUUGCGUGUAUUGGUGGCAUUGCAAUUGAAUGUUCUUUGUGCCACAUCUAGUGAGCAGGUGUGUUGGCGCUGAAACUGUUGUAUGCUUCAUGUUGUGGCUUUUGCAACUGCAGCGCCUGCAAGCAAGGAUGGGCCAGUAAAUGUGUGUGUAUUAGAGGGGUGGGGGGUGGGCAGGUUGGAUACAGCAGUUUCCAUUUGCACAAGACCUUGAUGUGACUUGUUCCAAAAACAAACAUGACCUUUCACAUGGGUGCAUGCGUUUCUCAAAUUACAGGAUGAGGUUGGGGCCCAUUGCUGCUUUGUGGAGGGCAGCUUGCUUUUCUUAACUUCCAUGCAACUUUUUUUUCUUUUCCUUUGUACACGAAAACUUGUGGAAAGCAAAUCAAAACACUGCAUUUGAGGCAUUUUGGAGUUGUGUAUUCGUAGCCACCUGCGACUGAUCCUUUUGUCUGUGUCUGCUGCAAACUCUGCAGAACUGUUAAGCUUUUGGAAUGGGGAGUCUAGAUCCCACCUUUGUCUUUUGAAAUUUUACUCCAUUUUGCAGGCUCUACACAGGAUCAAAAUUAUCUUAGCAUUUCCUCAGUUCGUGGCAUACAAAGGCAUUGAAUGAGACCUACCCUCCAGUUUGGCUUGUUCUCAAAAUGGAGUCUUCAUAAACUCCUCCUUUUAAAAAAAGAAAACUUCAGCCCCAACAACAAUUGCUGGAGCUCUUUCUCCGUGCAUCAUAUUCCUUUUGUUUAUUUUAGCUUUAUUUGGGUUUACCACUUGCAUUAAGAGCCUUCCAAAAUAACAGUCUGCAGGGUCUGUUGGAAAAAUGGUUUUUAUUAGAAAGGUACAUAGUUAGUAAAAUGUGUAGCUCAAUCGUAUGCUUACUCCCAGGUAAGAUUUGAACCAUGCCAUCUAAUCCUAAACCAGUAAAAGGUAAAGGACCCCUGGAUGGUUAAGUCUAGUCAAAGGCAACUAUGGGGUUGCGGCACUCAUCUCACUUUUAGGCUGAGGGAGCCGGCAUUUGUCCACAGACAGCUUUCCGGGUCAUGUGGCCAACAUGACUAAAUCGCUUCUGGCACAACGGGACACUGCAACAAGUGCCAGAGCCACAGAAAUGCCAUUUACCUUCCUGCCGCAGUGGUACCUAUUUAUUUACUUGCGCUUGCUUGCUUUCGAACUGCUAGGUUGGCAGGAGCUGGAACAGAGCAAUGGAAGCUUGCCCUGUCGCGGGGAUUCGAACCAGCAAGUCCAAGAGGCUCGGUGGUUUAGACCACAGCGCCACCUGCAUCCCUAAACCAGUGUGGUGCAGUGGCUUCAGCUGUUUUGCAAGACAACUGUCAUCAACUCCAGGUUGGGGAAGACUGAGUUGGACUAGGACCAGGGAGGCCCAGGUUCACAUAUCUGUCUUGUCAGGAACCAUGCAAGCUGACCUGGGCCAACUACUACCUCUCAGCCUAACCUACCUCACAGGGUUGUUCAGAAGAUAAAAGAGAGUCUGGAAAGAACCAUGUAUGCUAGCUAGCUGAGUAGCUUGGAGGAAGCGUGGGAUAUGAAACAUAUAAUUUACUCAGAAAUAGGUGGAGUUCAUGGGAUUUACUCCCAUCUGAUAUAAGUUGUAGCUGUAGUUUAUCAAGCAUAGGCUCCAUUCUUUAAUAGCUUUAAUUCCAGUAGUGCAGAGUCAAAAGAGCAUAAUUUUGCUGUGGAACAUGGUGAAAUGAAACAAAGGCUGCUGGAAAAUGCUAAGAGAAAAAAAAGUACUCGAAUACUGAAAAUAGACACUCUCUACACUGAUUUGUAUAGUUUUCACUUAAGAGCUACAGUUCCCCUUAAACUACAGUUCCUAGGAAGCUGUAUGCUUAAAAUGUGUUUUAAAUGUAUGUCUGCCUGCCGCUACCUAUGUUUAACAAUUUGUGGCCCCUUGACAGCCCAAAAGGGGAGAGAGAACCAACUCUUUCAUAGUAUACAAAAGCUCUUCUGUCUGCUUGAAUGAAGGCAACUUUUUUUUCCCCUUUUUGCCAUAGACAAGUGGCUAUUACAAGUCUCUCAGAGCUGUUUAUAAACAGAGUUUAUAUAUCAAGCACUUGGUUCUUUCUCAGUAAAUAACACUUUCAAGCAGUUUUUCUUUCUUUCGGAUUUGUGCAAUGCAAUAUGGAUACCCUCUCCUUUCCUUUGUUCCAUACUUGUGUGGAGAUAUCCCAGAGCAAGUAGGGGUAUCAAACUAAAUGUCAGCUCAAAAUGUCUGCCUAAUGUCUGAGGCGAGAUGCUUCAGUUUGGAUUGUCCAGAUGACGAUAUUCUUCAUUGUAUACUCAUAUUGGUUUAUGCGGAGAUGGUACUUGUGCACAACUGUUAUGUCUGAAUUAUCCGUUCAAUGUUUGUCCUUCUUUCGAACCUUUGUUUUGUUGCCAAAGAACAUCCAAUUGCCUUUCUUUCAGAUGAUUCUACGGCUCAGCUUUCCCAAAACUAGGCUGCACUCUGAAAAUCACUUAAGUAGUAGAAGUGGUUUCGAGAUUGCAGCAGUACAGGAAAUCCAGUUGGGUGGGACAAGCCAACCCCCCCCCCCCCGGAAGAGGAGACUUGAAGGAAGCUGUUCCCUCUGGAUUUGUUGUGGAUGGGAAGUUUGUCAGGCGAGCCUAGUUCCCUCCCCAUCUCACCCCGCCCCUUUGCCACUUAAAAAUCAGAGGAAAACCUCGGUACAAAAGCAAAAAAACCAAAAUCAGUUGUUCUGACUUCCACAACGCAUGUCCUUGGCCUGGUUCUGAGGAAGUUUGUGGUUGUGAUUAAUCUCACGCCAGGGAAGUGCCUUUCUUCGUAAAAAGUUUUAUCCGUCUGGGAAGGUUGCAGCUGUUGGGAGCCUUCUGGCGGCAGCAGUGGUGCAGGGUUAGCAAAGGAAAUAAAGGCCCACAAUCCAAAAAGGCGGGGUGGGGGGAAUCUGAUCACAGAUUAAAGAGCCAGCCCCCUUCCUGUCUUUUAAAGCAAGACGUAAUCCAUACUGGAAGGCCUCUUUGUCUUGCUGCUGAUUGUGCUCCCAGGGGUCACUUGUACUGGCAUAACCAGGCAAAGAACCGGGUUUCCACUUGACAGGGAACAGUGGGGGGGGGGGGGGAGGACAGGAGAGGCCUACACCUUUUCUUUCUUUCAUUCCCCGAUCAAUCUGGUUUCUCUGAAGGAGACUUAAUUGGCCUACGCUGGACUUUCCACUCAGACAACAACAACAACCACCCAGUUUUUGCUCUUUACAUUUCAACCCUGCUCCCCUCUCCAAUCCGGUACAAAUUUCUCACUCCCACCAACACCAGCGGGGGCUAAAGGCUUUCAGGGUCUCAGUGGCGUAGCGUGGGUUGUCAGCACCCGGGGCAAGGCAAGUAAUUUGUGCCCCCUAACCCGUGGAUUUGCGCCCCCUAACCCUAACUCCCAGAUGUUGCGCCCGGUGCGCCCGGCCCCCCCUGCACCCCCCACGCUACGCCACUGCAGGGUCUACAGUAGACCUAAGGUCUACUGACUGGCCACCGCCUUCCCAAAAUGAGGCAAACCUUGCUAUUAACAACUGUCAAUUAGAAUCUCUCUCUCUCUCUCUCCCCCCUCCCCCACGGAGAAACAUGCUGUUUUCUUUAUCACCCUUAAGAGCUUUGCCACUUUGGCUCCAUUUGUUUUAUUUGUCAGUGGUGCUGCUUUCCCCCAUGUUGCUCUGUGUCCAUAUGAUGCCCCCCACCCCAUAUAGAUAUUGAUGCCAAAGGCCAAUCCACCCACCUCAAUACUAUCAUAUUGUUGUUGGCAUCUUGCCUGUCUCAAGAGACAAUGGAGUAUGCCUCCAGGAGUGACGUCAAACUGCUGCAUUAGCCGCACUGAAGUGAUAUCCCCUCAGUGCAUGCCUGGGCAGUGUGUAUGGAGGUCCUGGGCUGCCCAGACAAGACCCACUUCUUGGAUUCGCUGAUGUUGUCCAAAGGAAAGCAGAGAAAUAUUUUUGGCAUUGGUUUGGCUGCAGGAGUUGCUGGAAGGAGGCGUUCAAGGCACCAUCCAACCAUCUUAGGGACUCAAUUCCGGAUUUGUGUAGAGUUUAGCCGAUACUCAGCACCUUUCUCCCCAACCAGGGAAAUGGUUCUUUAGCCUUCCUUCCUCUACCAUGAAUAGAAACAAUUCACAUAAUACAUUUAAAGCUCUAUGAUACCACUUGAAAAGUUGUGACUUCCCCUAAAGAAUUCUGGCAUCUGCAGCUUGUUGAGAGUGCGGAGAAGAGACUCCUAUUCCUCUCACAGAGCUACCAUUCCCAGAGUGUUUUUAACAGUCAAUCCCUCUUCCCAAGGAACUUUGGAAGAUAGUAGCUCUGCAAGGGAAAUAAGAGUCUCCUAACAACUCUCUGCACCUUAACAAACCAUAGUUUGCUAGUAGAUCUGGUGGCUGAGCGGUGGUGAGGCCUAGGCAGAUCAGGCCUCUUAAGAAACUUCUAUCUUAGAUCUACUGCUCUGUUAGUUUUCAAUAGGUAGGCCUGCUGUCUACCUACGGGUGAAACUGGCACCCAGAUAACAUCUUUCCACUGCCCACAGAAACCCUGUCCUGUGCCUGGCCUCCCUUCACCUCCUUCAGACCUUAAUUAAUUGCACUGCUGCUAUGAUCAGCUUCACAGACCUCUCCUCACUGCGUUUCACUAAAAACAGCAACUCCCCAAAAACCAGGUUAACAACAUGGGACUACACUUCAGGGUUGCCGUACGUUACCUCUUCACUUCCUCCAGGAAAAUGGGCAUAAGAACAGUAUUUGGCAGGGCAGGCGUAACCCACAAUCUCGGCCAUAGUCCUUUCCCCUGCAAUAUGGGUCUAUUAUGCUAUACCAUGUUCACAAAUUGAGAAGAAAAUCACUCCCCCCCCAUAUGAAAUAAGUCCUUAGGGCAUGAGUGCCUGAUUUACUGCUAAUUUUUAAUUGUCGUACUACUGCCUAAUCACAGCUACACUAAAUCCAACAUACUUGAACUUUCUAUUGGGCACCAGUGAGGAGCACUCAAGGCGUCACAAACCAAUAGUCAAUAAUGAUAAUGGGAGUUUCACUCUAGCCUCUGACUCAAUGGCUUGAACCGCUUUCCUAAAUGUCAGUCAUUUAGGUGGGAUUUCACUCACAGGCUACAAACAUUGAAAAGUAGGAGAAGGCUUCUUCCCCAUGAAACAGAUUGAGAAUUGGGGGCUGCACAUUUUUGCCUCAGAUCUUGGGUUCUACAGAAGCUAGAAAAAGAAAAAAAGUUGGAAAUCUGUGAGCAUCUGCCGGUGUCGAAACCCUUCCUUGUCACAGCUAAAACUUGAGAUGAUGGUCCUUAGCCUUGCUGUCUCACUUAAAUACUCUUUAAAUACAGGGUAGUUGUAUCAGCAGCUAUUACUCAUUGCUAAAUUGAACCUUUGUUAUUAGAGGUAAUAUACCUCUGUUUACGAGACACAGAGAUCAAAGAGCGGGGGAUAUUUGUUCCUUUGUGCUCUAGUUAUAAGUUUAUCGGGGGCAUCUGAUAGCCACUGCUGCUGAGACAAUGCUGGACAACAAAUAUUAUUUGCCUUGCUGCUUCCAAUCAGUUCUCUGGUCAGCAUAGGAAUGGACAACUUAAAUAGCGAUAGAAGUACAGUGGUACCUCGGGUUACACACGCUUCAGGUUACACACGCUUCAGGUUACAGACUCCGCUAACCCAGAAAUAGUACCUCGGGUUAAGAACUUUGCUUCAGGAUGAGAACAGAAAUCGUGCUCUGGCAGCAGCGGGAGGCCCCAUUAGCUAAAGUGGUGCUUCAGGUUAAGAACAGUUUCAGGUUAAGAACGGACCUCCAGAACAAAUUAAGUACUUAACCUGAGGUACCACUGUAUAUAGGGCAUAUCCCAGUGUCAUUUUAGGACCUGGGAGACCAGAGAUCAAAUCCCUACUUGGACAUGGAGCUCACUGGAUGAUGUUGGACCAGUCAUUGCCUCUCUCAGACUAAACUACCACACUCACAGGGUUGCUGUGGGGAUUAAAUGAGGAGAGAGGAGAACUAUGUACGCCAUCUUGAGCUCCUUGGGAUAGGAAGGCAAUAAAUAAAUAUGCAGAAGGUGCCAGGUUCAGUCCUCUGCAUAGAAUUGUAGCAUUGGAAGAGUGACCACGAGGGUCGUCUAGUCCAACCCCCUGCAGUCUUUUGCCGAGCGUGGAUCUUGAACCCACAAUUUAGAGUCUCAUGUUGUACCAUCUGAGCUAUCCCAGGUAGGCUGGGAAUGUCCUCUGUCUGAAAUGCUAGAGAAUAUUGUCUACCCAGUGUAAAUAAUUCUAAGCUAAAUGGACCAAUAGCCUGACUUGGGAAGGUGGCUUCCAAUGCCCUUCAGAUAUUAUUGAGAACCCCCAGCUCCCAUCAUCCAUAACCAUUGGGCAUGCUGGCUAGGACUGGGGGGAGUUAGGAGUCCAGGAGCCACAGGUUCCCCACCCUUGGUCUAGGACUAACUAUAUGACACCAAGCUUUCCACAGGUAAAAAAAACCAAAUGGGAAGGAAGGGAAAAUGGAGGUGAGCUGUUGCCCAUCUUCUGUCAGUUAGGAAACUUUCCGCUCCUCCAUCCCUCAGAUCUGAUCGCUGCCUGUUCUGCUUUCUUCCAGGUAACCCUCCUGACACCAUAGAGCCUGGCAGCUGGGGCGAGGGGGCCAGCCCCUCUGGGGAGAUGGGGGACGCUGGGGAGAAGGGUCUGGACAACGAUGCAGAAGGGGUCUGGAGUCCUGAUAUUGAGCAGAGUUUCCAGGAGGCCCUGGCCAUCUACCCACCCUGUGGGAGGCGGAAGAUCAUUCUUUCGGAUGAGGGGAAGAUGUACGGUAGGUGGGACUUAACUUUGACCCAUUAGACCGGCUGCUCUUGUCCUUGGUUCUCUUUGGGGAUCGUCCUGCAAGCCAUCAUAUAUGAUGAGAAGCAAUGGGCUUAGAAUACGUGAGGUAAAAAAAGAAGACGGCGCUUUUCUAGCUCCCUGAAGAAAUGGAAGGAGUUGGGAAGGUAGCCACUGAUGGUGCUGUGUUCCUGCGGUACACCGCUAGCAGUGCCUUUUCCCUUCCAGCUCUGAGAGGGGGAAAGAGGUGGUCCUCAGAUGCAGCCUUCAUGGUACUGUGCCAUAGAUGCUGUGCAGAAGGCUCUCUUUAGGGACAGAAAAGAAACAAAAGAGCCAGCAGGGCCAGGAAGAGAAAUGAGGGAGCUAAAUGCACCGUUGUAAACAGAGGCCCUACAAUGUGCCGCGCUAGACCUAUAAGGACAGAGACUCACCUGGAGGCAGUUCUUACUCUCCAUAGGCGAGCGGCUAAUGACAAUUCCAUUUUCAGUUAUGCAGUUUGUAGCAUCCCUUUCUUUUAGGGAACUGCUGCCUCAACAUCUUGCAUUUGGACAAGUCACUCUCUCUUAGCCUGACCCACCUCACAGGGUUGUUGUGAAGAUAAAACCACAGAAAGCACCCUGGGGUCUUUAGAGGCAGUGUGGGACGUACUUUUGGUGAUGGGGGACAACCGUGUGCAAGGUCUGCUGGAGGAGGGGUCAGGUUUGCAUCCACCCACCUUUUUAAACCUCUGCAGUGGGCGUGACCUGACAGUCCAGAUGAUUCAGAAGUUAGCAAGGUUGUGUCUCUGAGCAUGUGCAGAGUUAGGGAGGCUGCAACCUGCCCCAUGUGGCAACCUAACAUUGUUGUCAGCGGCAUGGUCAAGAGAGGCGGGGGAAUUCCACCUCUGUAUAUGGUGUUCAAGUUGGAUGAGUUUUCCUGAUUUCUUGCCUCUUCUCUCUCAGGCCGCAAUGAACUCAUUGCCCGCUACAUUAAACUGAGGACAGGCAAAACACGGACAAGGAAACAGGUAAACGUGAUGGGCUUGACAUGAAGCCUAAGACUGCAGGAAAUAAAUCUGAGGUGUGUGGGGAGAAUGAGGCUUGGUGAGAUUUCCCCCUUUCUCUCCACAGAGUUUCCUGCUAAGUCUCUCCCCCAACUCCUUCCACAGGUCUCCAGUCACAUCCAGGUUUUGGCCCGGCGGAAAACCCGUGAGAUUCAGGCCAAGCUCAAGGUGAGUCCCUUCCCUGCAUUCCCUGAAAUGUUUAUGACAAGCUUGCACCUCUGGAUUCCCGUUCUGCUAAAGGAGUAGUAGUAAGGGGGGUACAUAUUUUACCCCCCCAAAGUCCCAUAAUGCUUUGCUGGUACUUGAGACAAGCUCUAGGUUUGGGGGAAGUUAUUGGGAAAGUGCCACCAACCAAACCCCACCCCACCCCGGUCUCUGGGGAAAUUGUUUUUUAUUAUUAUGUGUUCCGUUUAUUACCCAUCAUUCACCAUCAACAUUAAAAACAGCUAAAACAAAUCACAGUCACUGGAAUAGGGUGGUUCCUGAAAACACAUCUCUCAGGUGUCAAAGGUGGGAACUACAGUGGUACCUUGGUUUUUAAACAGCUUAGUUCAUGAACAACUUGGAAUUUGAACGCCGCAAACCCAGAAGUAGGUGUUCCGGUUUGUGAACUUUUUUCAGAAUUGGAACUGUUCCGCUUUGAGUGUUACACUUCCGUUUUCAGUGCCACACUUUCGUUUUGAGUGCCCUUGCUCCUGUUUGCACGUGAAUAGGAGCAGGAUGGGGCAGCUCAGCUGGGGACUGGAAAGCCUCCACUUCCGAGCUGAGAGAUCCCUGCCCCACUCCUGCUUGCAUGGGAGUAGGAGCUGGAUCGGGGCUGCUCACCUGGAGAGGUGCAGGCUCCAUCACACUUUUCCAUGGAGGGGUACAUGGCUGCGUUCACCUCAAUAGAGAAGUUUAAAGGAGCAUCGUGUGCCAUUGCGGAGACAGCCUGAUGACAGCUGCCUCAGCAGUGGUUUAGGAGCUCUCAGAUGCAACUGCUGGGCUGCCUCCACCUUUGCCACCCCAGCAACUAUUCCACCUGGCUGCCUUCGGGUGGUGCAGGGGCUCUGAUGCUGAGGUGGAGCUCCUUUAAACUUCUUCCUUGAGGGGUAGCGCAGCCGUGAACCCCUCAAUAGAAAGUGUGAUAGAGCCUGCACUUCCCCAGCUGAGCUGGCCCAUCCAGCUCCUACUCCUGUGCAAGCAGGAGCAGGGGCGGGGAUCUCUUUGGAAUGCUUUGGUUUUAGAAUGGACUUCCGGAACGGAUUAAGUUUGAGAACCAAGGUACCACUGUAUACUGUAUAAUGAAGGUUUCGGGCCUAGGGGCUGCCACAGGGGAUGCCUUCUCUUGGGCUGCUACCACCCCACCCCAAACAUCUGACAGCCCCCGCUGCCGACCUCAACAUCUGAGGAAAGAAAGCACAAUUUGGGAUAUUUGGGUCCUAAGCCAUUUAGGGCUUUAAUGUGAGUGCCUUGAGUUUACCAACAGAAGUGGGGCAAGCAGCUGUGUUGGCAAGCGAGAAGAGCUCUUCCCAGCUGCAGUGAGGUAGCCGCCAUUUUAAUUUCCCCAAAGCCCUGUCACCUCCAAAGUAGCAUUGUGCUGCAUCUCAUCUGCAAGGGGCUGGUUUCUUAAAGUGGCCUGCACUGGUCAAAGCGUGUUGAUUUUUCAAGACUGUUGUCCCAUGCCACCUGUCCUGCUUGGAGCUGGGAGAGGAGCUCUGAGCAGCUGCAGCGAGCAAGGGAGACAUCCAUCUUAAUCUCGGCCCUCCUACAUCCCUGAUGUAGGAGUGUUGCAUCGGGCCCUGGGGAGGAAUUAACAAUGAUGCUCCCUAGCAGCUGCUCUGAGCGCCUCUCGACACGAAGAAGCAAAGGCAGACAGAAAGGGGCCCAGUACAGGCAGCUGCCCUGAGCAGGUGGGCCUGUUUUAAGGAAACCUCGCUGAUCGGUGCUGAGAGGAGCCCUGAAGGGCUUCAGCAAGCAAAAGGAGCCCACUUGAAACCCCCCCCCCCAUGGCCGUGAUGCAGCACUGAUACCAUGUCAGGGACACUGAAGGUGCAGUUAAAGGGACUCUUCAUUGUUUCAGUCUAUCGGCCGCCUUCUCGGUGCCAAACAUCAGGGUGAUUUUUUUCCUGUAGAGGCCAGGCUGGAGGGGAUAGGUCAGGGAGUUCUGAGUUCUGAGAUUUGAACAAAGCUUAGUAAUUAGCAGGGGAAGAAUGAAGUGUGACUGCAAACCAGGAAUCCUGGUUUUCUGAGGAGAUUUUUUAAUAGGACGAUAUUGAUACUGACCUCCCUAAGGAGUCCGUUCCACUAUCGAACAGCUCUUCCUGUCAGAAGCUCCUUUGAUAUUUAGUCGGAAUCUCCUUGUAAUUUGAAGCCAUUGGUCUGAGUCCUACCCUCCAGGGCAGGAGAAAAGCUUGCUCCAUCCUCCAUGUGGCAACCAUUUAGGAUAUUUGUCUCUUCUCAGUCUCCACUUUGGUGGGCUACCAGUUCUCUCAACCUCUCUUUGUAAUGGAGUCCAGUGCAGUGAUUUCUAAGCAAUUCUUCAGGGUGUGGUCUGAGCCUCAGCAACUGAUGCAGCCCCCUUUCUGGAGCUAACUAGGUGUGGGUCUCGCCAAUGCCAAUAUAUACCACCUUGAAUUCCAUAAUGGAAGGAAAGGCAGCAUGUAAAUGAUGGUAAUUAUCCUAUUGUUUGUAACUCAGUGGCUCACAAGGGGACUAACCCCUAGGCACUCCAGGGUGAACACCUUAUAACAGGGGUGUUUAACCAACUGUCCUUGAGGCACUGCUGGCUUCCGGCUCCCAUCUGCCCCAGCCAACAUGGCCAAUGGUCUGGCAUGAUGAGAGUUGUUCUCCAGUAGUGAGUGAUCCCUACACCAUCGGCUUCCUCAAUGAGAAGACAGGUGAUGACUGAUGGUUUGCCUAUAUAGCACCUUGUCCCCUACAAAUGUCUCCUGUGGGGUGAUAGCCCCAGAAGAAAUUACAUUACCCCCACAGUCAAAGUUAUGUGUGUCAUUAUGCACCCCAUAACCACCUGAAACUUCCAGACCCUUCACGGCUGAUUUGCAGGCAUUCCUCAGUAGAGAAAUCAAUGUGGAAAAAGAGGCCUUAAGGGUAGGAUGUUUUGAGAACUCCUGCGCAAGGGAAACGGGCAUUUGAAAACCAGGAUUUGUCUCUCUUCAAGGACCAGGUAGCAAAGGACAAAGCGCUUCAGACUAUGGCAGCCAUGUCUUCUGCUCAACUCGUAUCUGCCACGGUCCUCCAGGAAAAACUGGGCUUGUCAGAACCCCACUACCCACCCAGCACCACCGUAAGCAUGUGGAAGAGGGGCUGUGAGGUGGGGUUUCGAUGGGGCUGUAACGCUAUGGCAGGAAUGGAGAACCUGUGGGCUCCCAGAUGUUGUGGGACUGCAGUUCCCAUAAUCCCUGGCAAUUAGCCAUGCCCACUGGGGCUGUUGAGAGCAAUAGUUUAGCAAAACCUGCAAGCCCACAGGUUCCCGGUUCCUGUUCUCUUUCUGUACUAAAAACUUAGAUUAAGGUUUCUGCCAGUUUAGCUCUCAACUCUCCCAAGGAAUCUUGGGAAUUGUAGUUUGGUGACAUUCAAAAGAAUUCUCUGUGUUAGAUCAUUAGCUCUUUCCUGGAGAGAGGAAAUUAUUAUUAAAUGGUGUUUAAGUUAAGAGUUGUUGCUGAAUAAAUGAAACCUCAGCUGACAGAUCAUAUGUACAAGCAUUAGUCAAUUAUAUUUCCAUAUGGGCAAAAACCGUGUUUUGGAAGCAAGAAGCAUGCUUCCUAAGUUUUUUAGAUCAGAUGACUUAGCAGACGUCAUCACUACAGAAGAGGCAUUCUCCUCUUCCAAGAUGGAGUCUUAGUUUUUAUAAACACUUGGUUUUUGUUUGUUUGUUUUUUAAUAAUCACUCUCCACUGAAUUUGGUCAAUUAAACGGUUUUAAAAUUUGAUUUCAUCAGUUCAGAGUAAACAGAAUAAAUGUUGCAGCCCUAACUUAAGUAUGUAGUGCAGUUUUUAACUCUUCUGACUUUUCCAGUCCACAGAGUUCUUCCAGUUUUGGACAGGGGAUGCAAGCCAAUCCCGAGACACUCUAGAGUGAGUUGUUGUUGUUGUUUUCAGUCAUUGACACACACGCACUGCUGGGAGCAGCAAUUUGUCUAGCAUUUCUGCACCACACACACACGUGUGUGUGUGUAUUGCAAUGCCCCCCUGUUGAAAAGCCAUAUCUUGACUCUCCUCUUUCUCCCUCCUACCCUUAGCGUCAAGCCUAUCCUCCAAGCUCCAUACCCCAUCCCAGUCCCAGCACCCGCUGCUGUCCCAGGUAAGCCACCGUCUUCCUAAACCGCUUGCCUUCCUAUGAGGCGGGGGAGGUGAGAGUGCGCCAGUCGGUCUCAGUGCCUUCUCCCUCGGCUCGGCAGGUUACCACGCGCCCCCAGGGAGAGCCCCCCGCCUCCCCAGUGCUACCUCUUGGCAGGGAAGCCACAUUGGUACGGAAACGCUUCGGCUGGUGGAGUUCACUGCGUUUGUGGAGCGGCAGGCAGAACAAGAUGCGGUGAGAUGUGUACCUAUACUUAACACCAUUCGCACACUUGCGCCUCGUGCCAGCUGUCCCCAUAUAUUGUCUUGAAAAGUUUGGGAGUUGGCCUGAUGAUGUAAUUGACCGUGUGUUGGAGAUCUAGUUUCAAGACUGCGCUCAGUGAUGAGAUGCUUAGCGGGUGGCCUUGGGCCAGUCACAGUCUCACUGCCUAACCUGUCUCACAGGGUUAUUUAAGAGGAUAAAAUAGGACAGCUCGUGUUUAUGUUGCCCUGAGUUCCUUGGAGGAAGGGCAGGGCUUGAUAAACAGAAGUGGAUGGAGGGAUGAGUAUAAGAAACUACAUGCAGCAAGUGGAGAAGCUAAGGUUAAGAUACCAGUACAGUUGUACCUUGGAUCCCAAAUGCCUUGCCAGUCGAACAUUUUGGCUCCCGAAUGCCGCAAACCCGGAAGUGAAUGUUCUGGUUUGCGAAUGUUAUUUGGAACCCGAACAUCCUCCACGGCUUCUGAUUGGCUGCAGGAGCUUCCUGCAGCCAAUCGGAAGCUGCACCUUGGUUUCUUCCAGAAUGGAAUUUCAUUCGACUUCUGAGGUACCACUGUAGGCUGAUAUUCAUCUCAAGAUUAAAUUUGGAGAGACAGAAAUGUGGGGAAGUAGCUAAAAGUUUGAGCUGUGUAGGGCGGGAAAUUUGGGGUUCAGAUCCCACCAUUGCCAUGAACUUAUCCUGUGUGAACAGGAUACUGGACUAGGUGGGGCAUUGGCCUGAUCCUGAAGGCUCAUCUUAUUAGGUGACCUGGAGUAAGUUGCUGUCUCUCAGCCUCUGACCACAAGCCAGUGUGGUUUAGUGGUUAAGGUGUUUUAUUAGAGUUGGUGCAAUCCAGGUUCUAAUCCCUAAUUAGAUGUGAAACUCGCUGGAUAAUCUGGGGUUGGUCACUCACUAUCUCUCCAUCUGACUUACCUCACAGGGUUAUUGUGAGGAUAAAAUGAGGGGAGAGAACAUUGUGUGCUACCUUUAGCUCACUGGAGGGAAAAGCAGGAUAAACAUGUCAUACUUAAAAACAACAGCAACCCAGCAAUAUCAGAAUUGCACAUAUUGUAUUCCUGCUUUACCGAGUUAAUUGGGAGGAUCAUGGCAGUAACAUUUGCAUCUGAUGAAGUAGUCCCUAGUCCACACAAGCUUACACCAUAACAAAAUGCGUUAGUCCUUAGCUUAAGAUGCAGCAACAGACUAGCACGAGUACCAUAUUGAAAGCUGUUGUAAAGCACUUCAAAAAAAAAAAAAAAAGCUAUUUGCAUUCUAACUUCUUUUGGCAAGCGAUUCAGUAAAUCAAAAUUCGGGCAGCUGGUGCCAGUCUGCAUCAUUCCAUGCACUGACUUCUACCCUUUCCUCUCGGCAGUGUAAGCAGCUACACCGCUUUGUGCAUAUCGACCCGACACCCGCCUCUGACUCCCCGCUGGAGACGGUGGACGUACGCCAAAUCUACGACAAAUUCCCUGAGCGGGGAGGUGGGCUGCGAGACCUGUAUGACCAGGGGCCUUCUCAUGCCUUCUUCUUGGUCAAGUUCUGGGUGAGAACCGCCCUGCUUCCCUCAAUCCCCAACAAGCUAGGAAGGCAAAAGCUCCUUUGCUGCAUUAUAUAUAGAUAUUUACCUGGCCAGUUUGCUGGGGCUGGUGGAUUGCCUUGGUGGUUCAAAGCAGAUAAAGCAGAUUCUGGGUACAUUCAUGCCAGAUCUCCUAGAAAAGCUUGGCAUGGCUCCAUCACUGUUUGGGUGGAGGGGCAAAUGAGCCAUUUUGAAUACUGACUUAAUGAAUGCAUUGUUGUUGCUUCAGCUGUGCACAUUAGCCGCCUUCCAGCUUCAAAUAGGAUCCGGCAGGUCCCAGCCAGAAAAACUGUUGCAAGGGAGCUUUGGUCUCUGCUCCUAGCUAAUUGAAAGCUGCUCUAAGCAUCUUUACAGCUACAGAAAAAUGCCAGUGAGCCUGCAACAAAACGUUGCAGUAUAGGGUGCUCCCAUUUACUGUACCCGCCAGCCAUGACCCCUCCCACGUGGUUCCCACCACUCCAAACAACAGAUUGUCAGCGUUCUGAAGCUACUGAGCAUGCUCAGUCUUUGUUGCCAUGUUUUUGGUGGGUUCCCCCUCCAUGUAGGGUUUUUAUUUCUUAAAGAUGUUUCCUACUGUUGAAAACCUUGGAGGAGCCACAAGCUUUCCGAAGCCUUCCAUUUGUGGCAUGGCUGAUGUUAUUUUGGCAAUGUCAGGAUUGGCCCUCGGAGAACUUAGUUUGCUAUUUGUGUGUAGGAUAAUGGAUAUGCAUUUAUAUUGCUAUAACGAUGCACACAAAAGCCAGGUCCUCAAGCAAAUAGAAUUGCAAUGGUUCACAGAAGUAAUAAUUGCAUACAGGAUAUGCAAGGUUACUUGCAAACACCCCCCAAGGCCAACCCAAAUGAAUCAUCAAUAGUAAACUUUAGAACAUGGUCUUAUCCACCAAGGCCAGACCUCAGAAGAUCACAAAAAGGGCAGGAAGGUGAUCCCCACCCUCUAUCCUCCUGGCCCCAGCAAGUGAUGUUCAAUGGCAUAUUACUUCUCUGCAUGUGGGGUUUUUGUUUAGCUGCUGUGGCAAGUAGUUGUGGAAUAGACAUUCCUGUCCCACCCCCCACUUAUGAAGUACUAACUGAAAUGUAUGACAUCCUGCUUUUUAUAUCAGUUGGGGUGGGGGUGAGGAAAAGAAAGAAAACACUGCAUUUUCCCCCCAUUUCUCCUGUUACCAUAGGCUGAUCUGAGCUUUCCCCUCCUUGAAGAAGAACCAGGGGGCACAGGAGGGGCCUUCUAUGGGGUGAGCAGCCGAUACGAGGGCCCACGGGCUCUGACUCUCAGUUGCACCUCCAAGGUCUGCUCCUUUGGCAAACAGGUGGUGGAAAAACUGGAGGUGGGUGCGGGGGGGCAGGGGAGAGUUGGCAGGGGGAUGGCGGGACUUGUGGGGGGGAGUGGAUGGGGAGAGAAGAGGGGGUUGCCACACUGGCGGGUGGGGGUGCCAGAGGAACAGGGAUCAUUUACACCUAAGAAGCUUCUGUGGAGCAGCUUGUGAAAAAGUAGCCACGUCGGCCACAAUUCAAGUUGCCUUUUACCCGUUGCGUACACACCACACCCAUGAGGAAUCCUGGGGAAUGUAGUUCACCCUCUACAAAGCCACACUGCCCAGCACUCUUGGCAAACCACAGUUCCCAGGAUUCUUUGGGGGAAGCCACGUGCUUCAGAGGUGUGGUGUGCAUGCAGCCUAUUUCUCUGUUUAUCCCAUUGCUGCAUGCUCUAUCUCUCCAGGAUUUUGGGUGGGGGCAGAAGCAUUGUUAGGGUGACCCAGGCAGCUUGAGCUUCAAAUCUCCUGCCUUUCCCUCUCCACCCCAAACUUAAACCCAAACCCUGCUUAUAGGGCUGCUGGGACUACAUUUGCAUCUAUGCAUCUAAACUGGCAUAUGCAGAUUUGUGUCAAGGGUCUGUGUUCCCAUCCCUUCAAAUAUUUGCAGUGCCCCUGGGCAGGAAUCUCUCAGGCCACCUGUUUCCUUAUCCUUUUAACAGGCCAUUGUGUGUGAGAGGUUGAACCGUCUGGCUUUUUGCAUGCAAAACAUGUGUUCCAGCACUGAGCUGUUGUGCCUUCCCUUGCAGCCAAUGUGGUGCCCCUCAGACAUUGCUGGACAUCCGCCCAUGCUCAUUGGCCUGAGGCUGACUGGUCUUCAAAGUCCAACAACAUAUUGAGGGCACCGAGUUGGCUGUUUCUGCUCUGGCAGAGAUAUGGGGAAGCUCUGGCUCUCCAGAUGUUGGACCCCAACUCCCAUCAUCCUUGACUAUUGGGCUAGGCUGGCUGGGGUUGAUGGGAGUUCGGCUCCAGCAUCUUGAAGGCUGCAGGUCCUCCAUCCCUUCAUCUGAAGCUUUCCCUCUGAUGUGAACCUGGUACCCCACUCACCCGAUGGAGACCAUUAAAAAAAGGGAGACCUGCAGCCUAAUGCUAAAUCUGUGCAUGUCUUAAACUAUAGAAGGGCCUGGAAGCUAGGAAGAUCUGCAGGGUCAAGAGCAACUUGGCCUACAAUGUUUAAGAAGUUAAGUGUGUGCGAGUGUGAAAGUGUUAAGCUGUAUCAGCUACUGGACAUUGAGGAGUUAAGAUUUGCAUCCCACAAACAGAUUUACAGUACUUGGAAGUUGGGGGGGAAACAGGCUUAAUUUCAGUCGAACUAAUCUUUGCAUCGUUUAAGUUUAGGAGUGUGAGUCUUGCUCCUUUUAGAAGGUUGUCCCUAUGGUGGCGGAGGAAGAGAGGCGGCUUCUCCCUUUGUACAAAGGUGGUGUGCAUGUGUUAGGUUCUCUCUGUGUCUCAUAUGCCCGCUUUGCCAUUAACCACUCCCAUCUCCCCAACUCUGCAGACAGCUGAGCCUCCCCACUGGGAAGACGGACGCUUUGUUUUCCAGCUGCAGCGCUCACCGCUGUGCGAGUACCUCAUCAACUUCAUCCGCAAACUGCAAACGCUGCCAGAAAAGCCGAUGAUGGACAGCGUGCUUGAAAACUUUACCAUCCUGCAGGUAUUUGGGGAAGGAAACGAGGGGCCAUCUUGUGCUUCUCUCUAUCUCUCUGCCUUUCUUUCCUUCCCUGGGGGAGGAGAAGGCAGAAUAGGAAGCCAAGCCAAAACUUGAAUUCUCCAUAAAUAGAAACUCCAGUCCUUGACCGACCAGAGUCAGUACAGUACAGGGCAACCUUUUAAUUUCCCACAGCUCUCCAGGGUGAUGCAUUGUGGGAAAUUUAAAUGGCACUUAUAAAAUCCUCCAGUGGCAAGCUCUAGCUUAGGAACAUUCCUUCAUGUAGGAUAGCAAGGGCAGUGUGGCAUGAUGCCUCUUCUAAGAUUAUGCUGGCUGUGCCUUGUGCAUCCAUGAUGUAAUAGUGUGCUGGUUGUAACUAUAUUUUCUCAUGCGGAAACACAGGCAUAACCGAACAGAGCAGAAUUCAGUUGACAGACUUACGCUUCUUUUAAUUGGGAAGCAACCCUUAAUAAAUGCUCGUGUUUUGCAAUUUGUGAAUCAGCUGUAAGGCAGUGGAGACCUGGUACAGCAAUAAGGGUGAGGGAAGGGAAGAUGGCAGCCCCUGUCAAAUUUGCUAUGGGGGCCGCAGCAAGCUCCCUGUGGGAGAGAUUUAGGGAAAUCUCAUUAUGCUCCCAGAUACGGGCAGGAUUAUCCCCUUGCACUGCUGUGAAACUUGUCAGAAUACGCUCCAUCCCCUCCACAGGUUUUGCGGGAUCAAGAAACUCAGGAGUUACUUUUAUGUGUGGCCUUUGUGUUUGAAGUGUCUGCCAGCGAGCACGGGGCACAACACCACAUCUACCGGCUGGGCCGGGAGUGA